AUGCCUGUUACUCUCCCCUUCUUGCUGCUUACGAUCUCAUUCCUGGGUUUUGGCAAUCGGCCCUUCUCUCUUUUAGCCCUGCCGAAGCCCUCCAUCUUCUGGCUCCAGGCUCCGGAUGCAGAUGAGAAGCACCACCUCCGAUGUACGGCUCAAGGGGCAUAUUUCGGCAGCUGGUUCUACCUGUAUCAGGGAGGGAGCCCAGAGGCCGUGGCUGAAAAGAAAGCCUUGCCCACCCAAUCUGAAGUGACCUUUGAGGUACACAACUUUGGACCCAGGGAGCAAUUCCGCUGCAGCUAUGAGAUCUGGGAGGCAGGGAAGCCCAUUCGCUCCCCGCUCAGCAGCCCUGCAAACAUCACAGAGGACCAUUACCCCAAACCAUCCAUCUCUGCGAGCCCUGGUACUGAGGUCCUUGCAGGGCAGGACUGGACCGUUUGUUGUCAGGCUCCAUUACUAGGGGUCAACUUUGUCCUCUACCAAGCCAGGGACUUUCGGAUAGAGGUCACUCCUCGAGGAGACUCUGACACCGCUGAAUUCUCCUUGAAGAAUGUCACCAUGGCUGAUGCAGGCCGAUACACCUGUUAUUACCACAGCAUCAUAGAGCCCAUCAUCUGGUCAAAUGCCAGUGACCCGGUGCAGCUGAGAGUUAUCGAUGCAACUGUGGUCCCCAAUUACCUGGAGGUGUUGGUGGACUCUGCAGGAAGAUAUCGAGUGAAUUGCUCAGUCCCUUCUGCUGCUGAGGGCUGGUUUUAUCUUUACCAAGGUGGGCAGCUCUUUGCUGAAACCAGAGCUUGGCAAGAUGGGGAGAUUGCAAGCUUCAACCUCACAGAAGAAGCCAUUAACAUCACCAUAGGAGAGCUGAGCUGCCAAUAUAAGGAAUAUCAGCUCAAUGACACUGAAGCGUGGACACAAGACUCACAUUCCCAGGCCACGGAUUUCACUGCAGCCAACUCACUGCGACUUGGGAUCGGGGCCUGCAUCUUUUUAUUAGCCGUGUUCUUCAUAGCUGAAGCAUGGUGGAGCGAGAAGCAUCAGGAGAGCUGGACCAAAUGAAGGGAUCCUGGAUCAGCAGGAUCCCACUAAGCUGAUCGAGUCUGGUUUGAAACCGCAAGUUCCAGCGGCUGCUUUUGAUGGGAAGGAACAUAAUGAUUGAUUGGGAGCUGCACAUGGAGAUAGGCAGACUGCAAUCCUCAACCAAUUUUCCUCACAGUCACCACAUCAUGGCUCCUCUAAAGCAGGAGCUUUGGCCUACAGGGGUAAGGAACAUGCGGGCCACCAGAUGUUGUUGGACUCCAUCUCCCAUUGGCCCCAACCAGUAUGGCCAUUGGUCAGGGAUGAUGGGAGUCAUAGUCCUGCAAAAUCUGGCAGGCCACCAGUUUUGACCAACAUAAUUCAGCCCUAGAUCAUGUCCAGUAAUUAUCAAGAAGAAUUUGCUCCUGGGCAUGCACAGAAUGCCUUUGCCUCACCAGUGAGUAACCACAAUCUCAGCCUUCACACAACUGAUUUCCAGAGUGACAUAGACACUAGUACCUCAGGCCAGUGAGAGGAGAUGAUUAUUUUUUCAAGUGUUUUCAUCAUGAAGUGUAUUGCUUUCAGGCAUGGUCCUGUAGUUAUAUACAGCUUCUGUUCUUCUGCAAUUUUUUGCUGUAACUCUAGAUGCUUUAUUCAUUUUCAGUGUUGUUCAACUCAUGUUUUAUAAUGUUAUGUCAUCCAG